AUGCCCUACGCCCUGGCGCCCUCCAAGCUGGCGACCUGCGUGGUUAAGGAAUCCGUUCCAAGGCGCAACCGGGGGACAGCGCGGCAAGACUUGUGGCAGAGGUCGUUUCUGGCAGGCAGGCCUGUUGUGCCCAGUUUCAGGGCGUGUAGAGGUGUGGAGGUGCACAAAUCUAUUCAAAAUGGUGCGAAAUGGAUGGCCGCACAGUGGUUAGAUAACAGGGCAGAAUUGAAGGUGCCUGUCAGCCUUGCUGAGUGCUGGGAACUGUGGCAGGACAGGACGCUCAUGCCACAGUGGAUGCCCUGGAUCACCAGCGUUGAGGUUCUCGAUGAAGAUCCAGCGCUGUCUCGUUGGACUCUAUCCACAGAACAAUUCAAUCGCACUUGGGAGUUCAGCUGGUUGGCCAGGAAUUUGACAGCCAUUCCGUAUCAAAAGAUUCAUUGGCGUUCCGAACCUGGGCCCUCCACGGGCCUCAUAGACCUCAGCAACAGGGGACAGGUCAGGUUCUAUCCUGGGCCAGAUAACUCGUGCUCUGUCAGCAUGACUGUAUCCUAUGAGGUACCUGAUGUGCUGGUGCCGUUUGCCAACGUAAGCAGCUGA